AUGCGACUCUGGACUGCGUUGCUGGGCAUCUUUGCUGGCGGGCUGAGCGUCGAGGCAGCCAGUCACGCAACCUUCGCGGUGUGGCCUCAGUAUAUCGAUACAGUCGUGUCGCUCUCAGUAAACGCAGGUUUCUUGGCCAAGUCUUUUUGCAAAUUCCACACAUGGAAGACAAGCAACCCGCUUGAUGCUGAAUCGCCAAGUCUCUGCUUCUCUUCGUCCUUUCCUAUCUCGUCCCAGAGUGAUGGUACAUCAUUUUACAAUGUGAUUAUACGUGGGAGUAGUGAAGGUUUCGCUAGCUUUGGCAAGUCGGUGACCGAGCGCGCUCUGUUUGGAGCUCAGCUACCCUUCCGAAAGAGCCAGGAUGAGGCUAGACUAGCAGUGGUGACGUUCCGUCGCAGCUUAAACUCUGCGACUAUCGAGGCAGAGUAUAUGGUAGCGUGGAUUGCUACACCGUCGAGCUCCGAAGAAACAUUUAAAGCUGCUCUUGCAGUCGACCAGAGUGGAAGUGACGUGCUAGUAGUGACAUCCAUUGGAAGUGACUUGGAUGUUGACGAGCUCGAGCUCGCUUGGCUCCAGCGAGAUGGAAAACGCGUUGCACCGUCAUCUCCACGAUCUGUUCUAGAAGUACGAUCUCCAAAGACAAACGUGGCAGCCUCACUACAAGCAGCUAUCGCGGGAGAAGGGUUUCAUCGCCGAUACGUACUGGAUGUAAAGGUCCUUGACUCGAAAAUCUGCAGUGGAAAUGCUGACAACAAAUCGAUCCUUGCGCGUGUGCCCAUCUCAAACACUGCGUAUAUCGACUUGGACGAGAUUCGGAGAAUGGAGCGCUUCAGUGAGCUGAAACUGCUGUCCUUCACGAAGCACAUUGAAAUCGAGCGACCGUCUCCUGUUUCUUCACAGCAUGUCGUUGGUCUCGAGUUUACAAUACAUGGGGCUUAUUUGAUCACAGUGACAGCCUCUGGCUUCGUCUAG